CCAGAGGGGCCUUAAGCUUUGGGGCCCAGGGGCAGGGCCACUCAGGGAGGGGCAGAAGGCAGACACCCCCGCCCCGUGCCCCCUCUCCGGUGCCGCCUCCAGCCGCUCGCCAGCCGGCGGGAAGCCGGGACUAACCGCGGCCCCGAGUCCGGAGGCGGGGGGGAAGGAGGCCGGCCGCAACUUCCCCAGUCCACCUUAAGAGGACGAUGUAGCCGGCUCGCCGCGCUGACCUUAGAAAAACAAGUUUGCGCAAAGUGGAGCGGGGGCCCCGGCCUCUGGGCAGCCCCGGCGGCGCUCCCACUGCCUCCCAGCCCUCGCCGGCGGCGCAGCCGCGGCCCAUGGAGCCCGCCGGCCCGGCCCCUGGCCGCCUCGGGCCGCUGCUCUGCCUGCUGCUCGCCGCGUCCUGCGCCUGGACAGGUGUGGCAGGUGAGACGGAGCUGCAGGUGAUCCAGCCUGAGAAGUCAGUGUCUGUCGCAGCCGGACAGACAGCCACUCUGCGCUGCACCCUGACCUCCCUGCUCCCCAGUGGGCCGGUUGAGUGGUUCAGGGGAACAGGGCCAGCCCGGCAGUUAAUCUUCGGUUUCAGAGGAGGCCACUACCCCCGAGUGACAAAUGUUGCAGACAACACAAAGAGAAACACCACGGACUUUUCCAUCCGCAUCAGUAACAUCACCCCAGCAGAUACCGGAACCUACUACUGUGUGAAGUUCCAGAAAGGGACCCCUGAUGUGGAGUUUAAGUCUGGACCAGGCACCCAACUCAUAGUGAGCGCCAAACCCUCUCCCCCCGUGGUGUCGGGUCCCACGGCCAGGGCCUUGCCUGAGCAGACCGUCAACUUCACCUGCAAGUCCCACGGCUUCUCCCCCAAAAACAUCACCCUGAGAUGGUUCAAAAACGGGAAUGAGCUGGCAGCCCUCCAGACCACCGUGGACCCGGAGGGAAACAGCACUUCCUACAGCAUCUCCAGCACAACCAGACUGGUGCUGGCCCCGGGGGACGUUCGCUCCCAAGUCAUCUGCGAGGUGACCCACGUGACCCUGCAGGGGGGCCCUCCUCUUCGUGGGACUGCCAACUUGUCUGAGGUCCUCCGAGUUCCGCCCACCUUGGAGGUUUCCCAGGAACCCAUGGCAGGGGACCAGGUGAAGGUCACUUGCCAAGUGAAGAAGUUCUACCCCCAGCGCCUACAGCUGACCUGGUUGGAGAACGGAAACGUGUCCCGAACAGAAAUGGCCUCGACGGCCUCGAACCUCAUAGAGAACAAGGAUGGGACCUUUAACUGGACGAGCUCGCUCCCGGUGAACUCAUCUGCCCACAGGGAAGAUGUGGUGUUCACCUGCCAGGUGCAGCAUGACGGGCAGCCUGUGGUCACCAAAAACCAUACCCUCAUGGCCUCUGCCCACCAGAAGGACCAGGAAACCCAUAAAACCCAGGACGCGAAUGACAGCCGGAGUAUCUUCAUUGUGGUGGGCGUGGUUUGUGCCUUGCUGGUGGCUCUGCUGAUCGCAGCCCUCUACCUCCUCCGAAUCCGACAGAAGAAAGCCAAGGGCUCCACUUCUUCUACAAGGUUGCAUGAGCCCGAGAAGAACACCAGAGAAAUAACCCAGGUACAGUCUUUGAUCCAGGACAACAAUGACAUCACCUAUGCAGACUUGAACCUGCCCAAGGGGGAGAAGUCUGCGCCUCGGGCCGCCGAGCCCAACAACCACAGAGAGUAUGCCAGCAUUCAGACCGGCCCACCGCCCGCAUCCGAGGACAACCUCACCUACGCGGACCUGGACAUGGUCCACCUCAGCCGGGCCCCCAAGCAGCCGGCCCCCAAGCCCGAGCCAUCCUACUCGGAGUAUGCCAGCGUCCAGGUCCAGAGGAAGUGAAUGGGACCGUGGUCGUCUCUAGGGUCUGUCCUUACGAGCCUUCCUGUCCCACGCGGGACAGCCGUGAUGGGGACAGCCAGCCCAGUUCCCAGAGGGCCGGGAUGGCGCAGGCCCAGGGACUCCAGGGUGAGGCUGGCUCUCGUUUCCCCAACCCACUUGGCUCUCCAGCAUUUCCAGGGCAGCCACCGUCCCCCCACAUCGCCACACAUGGAGGCCGAUGGUGCCAGACCACCCGGGGGACCGACCUGGGAACUGGCCAGAGUUGCUGGGGGUCCAAGAACCCUCAUGCCUGUCUCCAUCGACAUGUGGGUCUUGGUCAUGGUCUUGGAGACCCUGACUGUCCCCUUAAUGCUCUGCAGCCUGAUCUUCCAGGGUGAGGAGGGAGACAACCCCAUCUCCUUUCACCACCACCCAACUGGGGCUUGGGGAAGAUGUUCCCUUUAGAUUGAACUGCCCCAUCCAUGGAGAAGCUGGGGAAAAAACAAACAAACAAAAAAACCUCUGGGACACGCAUCCCAAGACUUGGUGAGAUUGCUGCCAACGGUCCCAGCCUCCCCAUCCCCGGACUGAUGAAGCCCAAGCCCUUGGGGAGGGGAGGACCCUCCAAGGAACUCCCGUACAACCACCACCACCGCCACCAUCGAGGACUGAGUAACAAAACCCUUCUGGUGGCCCGCUGGGACUCCUUGAGGACCCAUCAUCCCAACCGCGACGCUCCAUGUGGCCCCUCCUCUCCUUUCUAGACCUGAGCUUGCUUCCUCCAGCUAGCACUAACUCAGCAACAUCUCGCUGUGGACGCCUGUAAAUUAUUGAGAAAUGUGAAAUGUGCAAUCUUGAAACUGAGGUGUUAGAAAAUUUGAUCUGUGGUGUUUUGUUCUGUUUUUUCUUAAAACGACAGCAACGUUAUUUUGGCUCUUUGUCGUGUGUUGAAGUCCCUGGUUGGGUCUUGUGCGGUCUAAGGUUUACCAGUUGGUGGUCCUGGAGGGAUCCUCUUACAGCAGAAACGGAGUUCCUUCACGUCCCAGACCCUGAGAAUGGGGAGGAAGGUUGCCGUGUGGCUGCUCCAUGGAGACACUUAGCCUUAGUCUCUCUCCCAGACGAAAGUGGUCAUGCCCUCAGCCGAGCCACGUGGCUGGUACUGCUGCCAUCCGCGCCCCCAGCGUGCGUGCGAAGCCCAAACCUGCCCAGGCUGUCUCCAGGCUGCGUCCUUCACAGUGCAGUCUUGUGGAGACCUGCGGCCUCAGUCUUCUCAUCCAGAAAGAGGAGAGAGGAAAGAUGCCCCCCCCCCCCCCUUAGCGACUGCCCCACUUCCAGCUCUCUGAGCUGACCCCUGCAAGAGGAAUCUUCUAUUUCUGCUCUCAAACCCUUCCGGGAUCAAACUGGAAUAAAUCCAAGACAGCCAGGAGGUUGGGCAGAUGCUGUGACCUAUUACCCCUGCCCCCCCCCCACCACCCUUCUGAUGGGGAGUGGGGGCCUGGCUGGGCCCAGGGCCAGCAUGUGUAGCAAGCCCUGUUUAUUUAGCCUCCACGUAUAACCGACCGACUCUUCGAGCUGAGGGGUUCCUCCGAAUGCCUCUUCGGUCCAGCCAUUUGAUCCCCCAGGGAUUCCAGGCCAUCAGAACGAGAAGCUGAGCCAUCUUGCCUAUCAGCAGGUCUUACACGUGGAACACUGAGCUCAGCUCAGACCCAGUUCUCUGGGGACAGUGAUUUGGCAUUUUACAUGGUGGCAUCCAGGAAGCAGCUGAGCCAACAGGCCAUGUGGGCAGCUUUGGCCCGAUGAGCCAGAGUUUCUCUGUGGCAUGUGGGAGCACAGUGGCCCAGCCACCUGGCUCGGGCCGUUUCCAAAUUCCAAAAGGUUGGCUUGUAAACCUUAGUCUCCCUCGCUUCUGCCCAGAGAAGGCACAUGUGUCAAGCGGGCACACGUAUGCACAUACACACAGAAUUUUAAGAGAAUGUUUUCUUGGUGCCAUUUUAAUUUUACUUUAUUUUGAAUUUUGGAAGGGGAGUAAGGGAACGAGGCCAAGGAAGUUGUGCAGCUUUAGCUCGGCCUGGCAGCCUGGAGAUUCCCAUACCUUGUGUAUCGAAGCCCAGGAAAGGGAAGAGGUUGAAACAACACUGCGGAAGGAGCGUGGUUUCGGGAGUUUAUUUUAAGACUGCUAGGAAGGAAACAGGCCCCAUUUUGUAUAUAGUUGCAACUUAAACUUUUUGGCUUGCAAAAUAUUUUUGUAAUAAAGAUUUCUGGGUAACAACGAC